GGACACAGACGGGAAAUCUUCCCAACGGGAAAGUUUGAUUUCUCGUAGGGAAAGCUUAAGUAAUCAAAAUGUUUUUGCGAAAAACUUUAGCCUUCAUCCUUGGAAUCUUCACUUUAAUUGGCUUGUCGUAUUCCUACACAGAAGUUGUGGACACAAACCCAGACAUGAUUGGCUGUUACAGUGACGACAAAGCGCUGGAUGACAACUUCCGCCUGGUGCAGCCUCGAGCACUCGGAUAUGAAAUUCAGCAUUUUUCCUCCAAACAAGACUGUGUUGACCAAUGUGCUAACAGAGGUUUCCUUUAUGCUGGUCUGCAAAACGGUGAUCUUUGUUUCUGUGGAAAUACUUAUGACAAGUAUGGCCGGGCUGAUGACAAAGAUUGCAACAUUAAGUGCAGAAAACCCGAUGAUCCUGUGGAAUACACUGACAAUCUGUUUGAGUCUUGUGGAGGGCGAUGGAGAAAUUCUGUCUACGCUGUAACUGGGGUUAAAUCUGCGGAACGCAAAGCUGCACUAAAAUGGUGGGAACAAUAAACAGAAGUUGACUCCUCAAAGAUAUCUUUAUGAGACGAUCCGAGGCAGACCAAGCUCCUCGGAGAGAUUAAAGCCAGACAAUGGACAAAGCCGAUCUAGACUAAAAGUAAAAGUGCUAUCGUUUCAUUAAUAAAUCCUUUGAGGUAAUGUGGCUAUAAAUGUGCGUGUGAGGUACUCAGUUGCCACACCAAGAAGCUGAGUGCUGUUGCUAUUAUACUCUCAGAUGGCUUAUUACAACCUUCCAUUAUUUUAUAUUCGAUAGAAAGCUUUUUAUCUUUGUAGAUAGAUGUUGAUGUUUUUGUUACAAGAUCACAACACUUAAGCGUUGUUUGCGUACUAUCUGCAUUAAACAGAUUUCUUCCUAGAAGGAUCACUGAUCUCUAUUUUCUUAGCAGGGAGUGGAGAUAUUAAUGGUGUUACAAUAAAGUAUGAUUAAUCAAACAAGAUACCGGCGUAAAAAAACGAAAACAAAUAUAGAGCAAGAAUUCGCCGCGCACAUGCUGCCAUGAUCGCGGUCAAUAGAACAAUAGAGGUGAUAAAGUUUUAGCUCGAUUGUGGAAAAAAAGAAAGAUAUGAAUUGAUUUAUCACAAGCAUAAGUUCUAUUUGGCGUACUGGUAGGACAUCUCAGUCUAUUCGGAAAGGUCUGAGGUUCGAUUCUUCGUGAGGAACAGAGAUAAUUCCCAUUGUUCCGCGCUCGUGAUGAAACAAAUGUAACUGAAUCGUUCUCUGUUGUAGUCUGUUUGUAAAUAUUCUUAUUAUUUUGGAUUUUUUCCUUUCACUAUACACUACGAAAUAAAAACAGAGUGGUAAAAUAUUUAGAUCAGCUUAUUAGGAACAAACAUAAUUUUAGUAUUAAGUACACUUCAAAAAUAUCUGUGGUAAAUAUUCUUAUUAUUUUGGAUUUUUUCCUUUAACUAUAAACUACGAAAUAAAAACAGAGUGGUAAAAUAUUCAGAUCAGUUUAUUAGGAACAAACAUGAUUUUAGUAUUAAGUACACUUCAAAAAAUAUCUGUGGUAAAAGACAACAAAUAUCCCAGCCCUAAUGACGAUAACACCAUGUAAUAAAGUCAUUAAAUAGUUUUAACAAUGAUGAUAAAAGCACUUCAAGUAAUCAAAAUAGCUUGUUCACGUGAAGUAGUAUAUCCUGACUCUACUGGAAUAAUCUGUAAAGUACUUAUACUGUUUUGUAUCAAAACACCAUAAUCCACUUAUCCACGAAGCCUCUACUCUUUUUGUUAAGGUCACCAAUAGUUUCUUGUCUAUUUUUGUUUUAACAAAAAAAGAACAAAAAAAAAAAAAGGAAACCUCUUCCUUGAAAUAAAUAUUAUGUGCCGACAGACCUUCCCACUAGUUUUCAAGUUGUGGUCGAACUGUUUUAGGCGACGGAAUUUGGUGCAAA